UAAUUUUUUUUUUUUUUUUUUUUUUUUUUUACUGUUUGAUUAACCUGGCCCACAGCUGGAGCUGCAGGGUGUGACUUCCUGGGGAAGCACAAGAUCGGCACCGGUGCCAACUAAACAAACACAAGCGCACACUGAAACCUAAGAGGGUCUUCCUGCUGAAACUGUGCACUGGAGCUGGAAGAACUGAAGGAAUUGUGAACACGGUACAGCUACUGGAAUCUUUGAAGUGAGCGGAGGAAGUCAAGAGAAGAAAGCCUGGUUUAAAGAAAUCGCAAGCAAAAACAGAGGGACAAAAGAAUAAAGUUCAUUGGUGAAAGAGAGAGACGAAAAGACGGGGACAAUGGGGAGGAAAAAGAUUCAGAUCACACGGAUUAUGGAUGAACGCAACAGACAGGUGACAUUUACGAAGAGAAAGUUUGGCCUGAUGAAGAAAGCCUAUGAGCUGAGCGUGUUGUGUGACUGUGAGAUUGCCCUCAUCAUCUUCAACAGUACCAACAAGCUGUUCCAGUAUGCCAGCACAGAUAUGGACAAAGUGUUGCUCAAAUACACUGAGUACAAUGAGCCACAUGAGAGCAGGACCAACUCUGACAUUGUGGAGACCCUGAGAAAGAAGGGUCUAAAUGGCUGUGACAGCCCUGACCCCGACGCAGACGACUCGGCAUUGAGCAAGAAGGAGAACAAAGGCGGCGAGAGCCUGGAGCUCGAGUCUGCUCUCGCUCUCACUCCGCGCACGGAGGAGAAAUACAAACAGAUUAACGAAGAGUUUGAUCUAAUGAUCAAGACUCAGAAGAUAUCUGCGGUGCCCUCUUCCACCUACGAGAUGCCCAUCCCAGUGAAUAACCAGAUCUACCCAGGCAAUCAUAACCUGCUUCCACUGGCCCACCACAGCCUGCAGAGGAACAGCAUGUCACCCGGGGUCACACACAGACCCCCUAGUGCAGGUGGUCUGAUGGGCACUGAUCUCUCCACUGGCGCGGGCACCAGUGCUGGAAAUGGCUAUGGAAACCACCGUAACUCUCCAGGACUUCUGGUGUCCUCCGGAGGAAUGAACAAGAGCAUGCAGGCCAAGUCCCCUCCACCGGUGAACCUGGGGAUGAACAGCCGUAAGCCUGACCUACGAGUGCUCAUCCCACCCGGGGCAAAGAACAACAUGCCCUCCAUCAACCAGAGAAUAAACAACUCUCAGUCUGCACAGUCACUGGCGACCCCAGUGGUUUCUGUAGCGACACCCACUCUACCGGGGCAGGGAAUGGGCGGUUACCCAUCAGCCAUUUCCACCUCAUAUGGUACUGAAUAUUCUCUGAGCAGUGCAGAUCUGUCCUCUAUAUCUGGCUUCAACAGUGCCAACACUCUGCAUCUGGGCUCAAUGAGCGGAUGGCAGCAACAUCAGAUUCAGAACAUGCAGCACUCUGCUCUCAGUCAGCUGGGAAAUUGCUCUAGCUCUCACUUAUGUCAGGGUUCAAAUCUCUCCCUGCCCUCUACUCAAAGCCUGCACAUCAAGUCCGAACCUGUUUCUCCUCCUAGAGAUCGAUCCAGCAGCACCACACCAGGAGGCUACGGCCAGCUACCGUCUCACCAGCAGCACCAGGGCCCGCUCACACAGGGGCGCCAGGACUCGGGACGCUCCCCGGCCGACAGCCUCAGUAGCUGCGGCAGCUCGCACGAGGGCAGCGACCGCGACGAUCACCGUCCCGACUUCCAUUCGCCCUUAGGAUUGGGCCGGCCCGGCCUGGACGAGCAAGACAGCCCAUCCAUCAAGCGCGUCCGCCUCUCGGAGGGGUGGGCCACAUGAUAAGCGGUGCCCCCUUUGGACAGCCCAAUCCUCGAUCUUGACCUCCCCGCGCGAUGCCACGUGGUUCCACGGCGCCUCACUCGUUCUCGCUUUCUCUCUGCCGUUUAUGACAAGUCACAAUCAUUGCGCUCCCCUUAUUCUCUGAUUUGCUGUGGAGAGGGGAGGAAGUGCUCUCGUAAUGACCUGUAACAUUUGUUUUUAACUAUUAUUAUUUCAUCAGAGUGUGUCUGAUAUACGUAUUGUUGUGAUUGACGGGUUUUCAGGGAGGGAAACAGGAAGGAGGACUAGUACAAACCGGGUUGGGGAGGGUUUAGUGGGCGGGCUACUAUGCAUUACUUGUGCAGUGUGUGGAAUACAAUGUAAAGAAUUACCACAUAUGCAUAUAUAUUUACACGUUGUGUAGGUGUACAUGUAUGCAGAGUAAGAAACCAACAAAAAGUGUCAGGUACUCUUGGAUCUUUUUUUCUUUCUUUUUUUUUUUUUUUGUAAAGUCCUUGCCUCAGUGAUGUUCAGCCACAAGAGGAGCACAGCAGAGAGGUGACAGCUUAGCACUUGAGUUGAUGUACCAGUACAAUAUGUACAGAUUCCUUUUUUUUUUUUUGUGCCACUCUAUUCAGAGGGCCCCUUCGCUAAAUGUAUGUUAUGGGUGACAAUGUCAUGUUGCAGGUUCAACGUAUUGUACAUAGAGACAAGGCUGGGACACGGGGGAAGGGUCAAGGUUGGUCAAUAUUGCUGAUUUCACACAAACAAAACUGUUAUGCAAGAAUUUCGAAGGAUUGUACUGAUAUAUGUGCAGGUUCCUUGGUUAAGUUAUGGGGGAGUGGGUAUUUCAGGAAACAAAAA